AAAACAAAAAACAAAAACAAAAAACGAACAGCAAAAUGACGUAACGAGUUGCCACUGCGUUGCAAAAAAAAGAGUAACAAUCGGCAAAACUGAAGAACUGAAGACUAGGCCUUUGCCAAAUAAUUCUUCUUCUUCUCCUACCCCAUAUACCUCUUUGCCAUUUCCAGGGUAUCUCUAGUAUCGAUAUUCCGCUGACAAGUCGCUCUAAUGGAAUUGGAGUGACACACUUAAUUUACUGCUGUUGUUUGCUUCAUUCGUAGAUAUCGGUCAGCUAAUCUCAUCGUUUGAGUUCACAUUUCUGCCCAGUUGCUUUGUGCAGUCAGUUAGUCAGUAGACUUCGCCUUCCCUGGACUCACGAUGGCCACUUACCAGAUGGGAUCGGGACAUGCUGUGCCCAUGACCUUAUUUCGGGACAAUAGAGAUCGCGCCGUUAAGGCGAUCCUGGAGAAGCUCCUGUCGGGCUUAAAGUUCUCCACAGGCAACCUAGUGGUGCUUCUCGAAGGCGGCAAGGACAAGAGCCUGUACAACACCGACGUGGACUACGUGUUCCGACAGGAGUCCUAUUUCCAGUACCUAUUUGGGGUCAAGGAACCGGGCUGCUACGGCAUCAUCGCCAUCGAUGUGAAGACGGGCGAAAAGAAGACCGUUCUCUUUGUGCCCCGAUUCCCCGAGGACUACGGCACCUGGAUGGGAGAGCUGCUCAGUCCAGCAGACUUCAGGGCCAUGUACGAGGUGGACGAGGUCUUCUAUGUUGACGAACUCAACGUCUAUCUGGAGAGGGUGGAGCCCAAGCUGAUACUUACGCUGAGCGGCACCAAUAGCGAUAGUGGCCUCACCCUUCAGCCGCCAGAGUUCGACGGAAAGGAGAAGUACGUCACCGACUGCGAUCUCCUGUAUCCCAUUCUAUCCGAGUGCCGUGUGAUCAAGUCGCCCGCGGAAAUCGAGGUGCUGCGCUACGUGGCCAAGGUCUCGUCGGACGCCCACAUUAAGGUGAUGAAGUUCAUGCGUCCUGGUCGCAUGGAGUUCGAGGGCGAGUCGCUGUUCCUGCACCAUUCCUACUCGGUGGGCGGCUGUCGGCACGCCUCCUACACCUGCAUCUGCGGUAGUGGUAUGAACUCCUCGAUCCUGCACUACGGACAUGCCGGCGCCCCCAACAACCGUCCUGUGCAGGACGGCGAUCUCUGUCUGUUCGACAUGGGUGCCAACUACUGUGGCUACGCGGCGGACAUCACCUGCACGUUUCCAGCGAACGGCAAGUUUACUGCGGACCAGAAGUUCAUCUACAAUGCUGUUCUGGAUGCUCGCAAUGCGGUCAUGAGCACGGCCCGCGACGGAGUGUCCUGGGUGGAUAUGCACAAGCUGGCGGGUCGCGUGCUGUUGCAGCGGCUGGCCGAGGGUGGCGUGCUGAAGGGCGAUGUUGAAGAAAUGCUCGAGGCUGGCGUCUCAGGUAUAUUCCAACCCCAUGGCUUGGGUCAUUUAAUUGGUCUAGACGUGCACGAUGUGGGCGGCUACUUGCCCACGGAGCCGAAGCGUCCCAGCGAGCCGUGGCUGAGCAAGCUGCGCUUCGCCCGCAUCCUGAGAGCGGGCAUGUAUGUGACCAUCGAGCCGGGCUGCUACUUCAUCGACUGGGUGAUGGACCGCGCCCUGGCAGAUCCGAACAUUGCUAAGUACAUCAAUGUAGAGAAGUUCAAUAGCUUCCGUGGAUUUGGGGGCGUGCGCAUCGAGGACGAUGUGCUGAUCACCCAAACGGGCACCGAGAAUUUCGCUCUUGUGCCCCGCACAGUUGAUGAAAUCGAGGCGACCAUGAGCUCGGCAUAAACAUGACUUUCAGACCCAGAUAAGAUCAUGCUGUAUACAUAUGCAUAUGUAAUAUACUUUCAAUAUACACUGUAUCAUAAUCAAAUUAUGGAUAAACCAAUAAACAUAUUAUUUACGAGGUAUGAUCGAUACAAUCAAAA